AUGGGGAAAAACGGAACGUUUAUUCUCACCCUUGCCGAAAACACCCCACCGCUUACAACCAAACUCGGAGCCCUAAGGGUCCCAACUACCCCUUUCAUACCAAGACCGCUGCUCUGCAGACAGUGCUUUGUCUUCGGACACACGAACAAAGUGUGCCGAAACAAACCGGCCUGCCAAAACUGCGGCAAGUACCACGAACAGAAGCAAUGCAGAAAAAGGCCAACCUGCAGGAACUGCGACGGAGGCCACCUUCUCACAAGCCACCUGUGCCCAGAGUGGGUACAGGAGAUGGGCAUAAACGAAAUCAUUGUUAUAAAAAGGAUCUCGGGCAAGGAAGCUCGGGAAGAGUACAAAAUGGCAAACCCCGACUACAUCACCCGAAAAGGCCCCUCACCUUUGGUCAAAGAGCGAACACCAAAGAGAGUAAAACCAGAGCCAAGCAAGCGCCCAGUCAAGCCAAAACCGAAGCCGGAACUCAGACUGGAAGCCAGUAUCGACCUAACGGAUGACAACACCACAGAGGACCCGGAAGCACAGGAGAAGGAUUUCACAAGAAAGGCCAUCGCCGACUAUAAGGUCGCUCUAGAGGCGAUCUAUGGGUCGAGCGAUGACUCAGACACGGAUAUGGGGGAAAGCAUUAGAGUGAAAACUCCCGUCUCACACAAGAAGAAGAAGACAAAAUCAUCAAAAUGA